CUUUACUCACAAAACAACUUUGACUUUCUUUAAUCUAAAUCAAUCUCUCUUUCUCACUUGCCUUUAACUUAGUUCACAUUCAAAAUCCACUCUUAUGAAAACAAACAAAUACGAUUCUCAGUAAAAACACGUAACCCAGAAUGAUGAACACAAUGAAGAACACGCAAUCACUACACCCACCAACAGUGAGUUUGAUGACAAAAGGUUCGAGUAUGAAGAGUUGAAGCUAGUUGGUUCAAGAAACUAGGCACACAAAAAUUGUUAGUGAUAUGGAAGAUGAAAAAGACGCGUUUUACGUCGUUAGAAAGGGCGACAUUGUUGGUGUUUACAGGAGUUUAAAUGAUUGCCAAAAUCUGUUGUGUGGACCGGAUGUUGCUGUGUUUAAAGGAUACUGGUUAUCAAAGGCUGCCGAGACAUACCUUGCUUCAAAUGGCCUAAGUAAUGCAAUAUAUUCGGUUGGCGUGGCCAAUGUUCAAACUGAUAUGUUUGGCCAACUUGCUCCUUGUCCUUUUCAGCAACCCAGUUUCAUCAAAGAUAAUGUUGGUAUUAGAAGUCCUCCUGAGAAGAAAAAGAAAGAUGUUGGAUCAACUUCUUUAUCAGAAGUUCCUCAAAGAAAGUUGCCUGAAACCGAAAGCUUUAUUGAAGCUCUGCCUGUUUCUGCUCAUUGUUGCUCGUGUAUUCUCGAGUUUGAUGGUGCAGCAAAGGGAAACCCUGGGCCAGCGGGUGCCGGGGCUGUUCUGCGUGCAGUAGAUGGAAGUUUGGUCUAUCGUCUACGUGAAGGUCUUGGGGUUGCAACUAACAAUGUUGCAGAAUAUCGAGCUGUGAUUUUAGGAUUACAGUGUGCUCUUGAGAGAGGUUUCAGACAUAUCCGUGUUCACGGAGACUCUAAACUUGUUUGUAUGCAGGUUAAUGGUUUGUGGAAAACCAAAACUCAGAACAUGACUGAUUUGUGCAAAGUGGCGAAGGAGCUUAAGGAUAAGUUUCUGUCUUUUGAGAUUUGUCAUAUUGAACGGGAGUACAACUCUGAAGCUGAUGCUCAAGCCAACCUAGGUGUAUAUCUUCAAAAUGGUGAGGUUCAAGAGGAAGUCGAACGGAGAUAGUUCAGAUUCGAAACACAUUGUAACAUGGUGACUAGGAACUCGUCUCAUGUGACAUUCGUUUCAUUCGCGUAAUUAAGAUUGUCUCAUGCUAACAAUUAUGUAGAACCAGUAAGUAAUGUUGCUAUUUACUUUUAAGUGGUAGUUUAGUUUAGUUUUGUUA